AUAUUCAAAAUAAAGAUGAAAAAUGGAUUGGAUGGAUUGGAGACCGAAAUACCGAUUGAGCUGUAUGAGCUGGGAUAUGAAACGAUGACGCAUUCUCCAUCAUUAUCAAGCGCUGCAAGGUCGGUCAUAGACAAAGGAACAGAGGAUGAGUCCACCAUUACAGGAUAUCGACGUAAUAUUCUGAAAUCUCUUGUCAGUCAUUUUCUUUCUCUGGUUCUGUGCGGGAUACCGUACCUUCUUGCAAAAUGGAAACCAAGAUGGCGACUUUCUGCCACGUGUUCAAUUUGUCCAAUUGCAUUGUCAGACAGAUUGUUGAUUGCACCAAAAGAAUCUCAGGACAUGUACAUCGUGUCUGUACAAUCGGAACUAGUUGGUCCAAAUUUCCCCUCCAGAUUUUCAAUUUCUACCAAGCAAGAAAAUGGAACAAGGGAUACAACACGACUUCUUCAGGAAGAUUCCAACACAUUCAAAUUCUUCUUCUACAAACACCUUAAGUAUGGAUGGGAUGCUGAAGAUGUUUGCUUCACACGUCUGGUUGGGCUGGAUAGUGGAACAUCAAUCUGUAAUCUACUGGAACAGUUUUCUAAGGGUUUAUCUGCUGAUAUUUCUGAGGGGUUGGUUCAGCUCCAUGGAGAGAAUAGUAUAGAGGUGGAGAUACCCUCAUACCUUUCCUUACUAGUAGAGGAGGUUCUUCAUCCGUUUUAUAUCUUCCAGACCUGUUCUAUAACCCUGUGGAGUCUGGAUGAGUACUACUACUACGCCCUCUGUAUCUUUAUAAUAUCGCUAAUAAGUGUUGUUGUGUCCUUGUAUGAAACUAGAAGACAAGCAGAAUCCCUUCAUGCUAUGGUGGCAGCAGGUGGAGAGAAAACUUGUAUAUUAAGACGAGGAAGUAUAGUAGAAGAGACGGAUACAGCUAAAUUAGUACCUGGAGAUCUUAUAGUUCUACCUAAAACUGGUUGUACAAUGAGCUGUGAUGUGGUACUUCUGACUGGUACUGCAAUAGUUAACGAAGCCAUGCUGACAGGAGAAUCUGUUCCUGUAACUAAGUCUGCAGUUCCUCAUCUUGAUGCAGCUUCAGACGAACCAUACAAUCCAGAAGUUCAUAAUCGUCAUACCAUCUUUGCUGGAACACAUGUUAUACAGACUAGAUUCUACGGAGACCAAGAGGUGGUGGCUGUGGUAGUGAGAACAGGGUUUCUAACAUCAAAGGGUGAACUCAUCCGGUCAAUUCUGUUCCCUAGACCAAUGGACUUCAAGUUCUAUAGAGACUCAGUUCGGUUUAUUUUGGUUCUAUUCUGUAUAGCUGCAAUAGGAAUGGUUUAUUGUACAUACGUAUACAUAAAGCGUGGAGCUGAUAUAUCUAUGAUCCUGCUACGAACCCUGGAUAUUAUAACUAUAGUUGUUCCUCCUGCUCUCCCGGCAGCUAUGACAGUAGGGACUGUCUACGCCCAGAACCGGUUGAAGAAGAAAGGAAUAUUCUGUAUAUCUCCAGCUAGGAUCAAUGUUUGCGGAAAACUCAAACUUAUCUGCUUCGACAAGACUGGAACAUUGACAGAGGACGGCCUAGACUUUAAAUCUGUCCUCCCUGCUUUAUCCUCCGAGUUUCAGGGGACUGUAGAGGACAUAACAAAACUAGAAGAUGACAACGUGCUCCUCUGGUCCCUGGCCUCGUGUCACAGCCUCACUAUCAUCAAUAAUCAACUCCAGGGAGACCCUCUAGAUGCAAAAAUGUUUGAGGGUACAGGCUGGGAUCUAGAGGAACCAGGGGAGGAUGCGGAGAAGUAUGACAAAAUGAUGCCAACUGUUGUCAAGCCGAGGAGGACAUCAGUCUUCUCCAUGGAUGCUCUCCCCUUGGAGCUCGGGAUAAUCAGGCAGUUUCCUUUCUCUUCCAGCCUGGCAAGGAUGUCUGUUAUCGUAAGAGAACUCAGCAGCUCAAAUUUCAUAAUAUUUACAAAGGGUGCUCCAGAAAAGCUUGAGGAUAUCUGUGAUCCUUCAUCUAUUCCUCAUGAUUACCAUUCUAAGCUGAAGGAGCUCACCCUACAGGGAUACAGAGUUAUUGCUCUAGCUCAGAGACAACUGGACGAAAAUGUUAAUUGGAUAAAGAUACAGAAAAUGAAGAGGGAUGCUGUGGAAAAUAAUUUACAAUUUCUUGGUUUUCUGAUUAUGCAGAAUACACUCAAGCCUCAAACUCAGGGGGUUAUCAGUGAGCUGAAGGCUGCUGAGUUGAAGAUUGUAAUGAUAACUGGGGAUAAUCUACUGACAGGACUAUCUGUAUCUAGGGACUCCGGGAUAAUUGAUCCCGGAGAUAGAGUUGUUAUACUGGACGUUAUUCAUAGAGAUGAAACACUUUGUCUGGAGUUCCAGGACGCCGAGGGAUUCCUAAACGAGGACAUGGUUGAUACAGGGAACAACGGACAGACUGCUGUGGUCCUGUCCCGGAAAACCCAUCUAGCUGUGUCGGGCAAAACCUGGAGUAUUCUCAUCAAACAUUUUCCAGAUUUAGUUCCUCGUAUCCUGGUUCAAGGAACAGUAUUUGCCAGGAUGUCUCCGGACCAGAAGGCCCAUCUGGUAGAGGAGCUCCAGACCCAGGGUUACAUAGUAUCUAUGUGUGGGGACGGAGCUAAUGAUUGUGGCGCAUUAAAGGCGGCCCAUGUUGGCGUAUCAUUAUCUGAGGCGGAGGCAAGUGUUGCGGCUCCCUUUACAUCAAAAAUACCCAAUAUAUCCUGUAUUCCAACACUCAUUCUAGAGGGUCGGUGUGCGCUAGUGACAUCCUUCGGUGUGUUUAAGUAUAUGGCUUUGUACAGUAUGAUACAGUUCAUUUCAAUUCUCAUCCUCUAUACAAACAAAACAAACUUAGGGGAUGGACAGUUCCUGUACAUAGAUCUUGUAAUUACUACAACUGUAGCUGUACUGAUGGGUAGAACACAACCAUGGACAAAACUAGUAAAACAACGACCAGUAGGUAGCUUGAUAUCUGGACAAACUCUUGCUUCCAUAUUUUGUCAAAUUCUGGCGAGUCUAGCGGGUCAACUUACAGCUAUGUUUUACCUUCAGUGGUUACCCUGGUAUACUCCUGUAUCUCUGGAUGAUCCAGAUGAAGAGAUUAUUGAAGAUGCUCUCACUACAACCAUUUUCAUCGUUAGUUCAUUCCAGUACCUUGUACUCGCUACAGUCUUCAGUACAGGACCCCCAUACCGUAAACCCUUUUACACCAACUUGCUCUACCUUGGGGCACUCAUCAUCCUCGGCAGUUUCACCCUCUACCUGCUCUUCAUCCCAGGGAUCCCUUUCAUUCAGAUCCAGGAGUUCUUCCAACUCAAGAACCUACACACAGAUUAUAAAAUAUGGGUUGUGGUAAUCAUUCUCGUAAAUAUCGUGGUAAACAUAUUGCUGGAAAACUUGGUAAAAACUGGAAACUGGGCGAAGAAGAUGAUGCACUAUGUUAUCAGGAAGACGACACCUAAAAACAAAUACAAAAUGGUUCUGCAGGAACUUGAAGCUGACCCAUCCUGGCCCCUGACAGGGCUAACCUACACAGCAACCAACUUCAGCUGACAUUGCACUACCGGCGCCAUAUUUAAAAAUUUAUAUUCCGUACUGCAAAUGUUUCUCUAAGGCACUAGAAAUGCGGAUGAACAGGUCUUUCCAAGUGAAAAUGCUUACUAAAAGGGACUGUACGCGUAAUUUCAAGUUACCCUUCAUUUAAUUUAGUGGCAAGUCUGAUUCACAACGGUACCUUUUAAAUAUUUGUCGGAGAACAAGUUACAGAAAUAUCCCGAUUUUUUUUUACUUAAAACUGAUAAUUUUCCGUUGAUCUAAUUGACUUGCGGAUUUAAGCAGAAGGAACAUAAGAAAGAAAAUAAACAAAUUAACAUUUUUGAAGAUAAAAGACUGGCGCUAUCUUCCUCAUUUCUUGUUUUAAGGGUACCAUCAUGAAUCAUGCAUGUAACUUUUUCAUAAAGGGGUCACUUGAAUCUACGUCGACUGUCCCUUUAAAUAUUGCGCAUUUAGAUUCAUAAUCUUUAUUAUAUAAAGGAAUUUAUAGAAUUGUGAUUAUAUGUUUCGUAAACUCCUUUAGUAAAAUUUGUACACUAGUCAAAUUUAAUAAAAUAAUAUAUCUAGAACUCCGUUCAAA